AUGAUCAGGCAACAUAACCUUUCUAUAGAUACUGAAGCCGCGGCAAAAGGUCAGAGAGUUAACAAUAAAUCAUCGACACAAAAAAUCCGUAAUAACGAGGUUGAUUCCGACGAUAAUAGUUCAGUAGAAGGAAAUGAUACUUACACCAAUCGCAUUGAUUUGGACGAAGAUGAAGAUAUAUCUUCUUCCCCUUCAAUUCCUGACGAAGAUAUUAAUUUUAACCUAGUUUACGCUUUACAUACCUUUCAGGAGACCGUUGAAGGUCAGGCUAGCGUGGAUAAAGGGGAUUCAUUAACCUUAUUGGAUGAUUCGAAUAGCUACUGGUGGUUGGUUAAAGUUUUAAAGACUGCAAAAGUUGGUUAUAUACCAGCAGAAAAUAUUGAAACUCCGUAUGAAAGACUUGCGAGAUUAAAUAAGCAUCGUAAUGUUAACUUAUCUUCUUCACUUAAUAACACGGAAGAGGAUUUGAAUCUUGUUGCUCAAAAGAAAUCACAAGGAAAAAGUGUUUUGUUCAAUUCACCCAUAUUUGUUGUAGCAGAAGAAGAGGAGGAGUAUUAUGAUGAUGAGGAUUUCGAAGAUUUUGAAGAUGGUGAAUAUCUCGAAGUUGAAGAAGAGGAACAAUAUGAUGAAAUUAAUGAACCCACAACGGAACAAGAUGAGGGAGAUCAAGUAGUUAAAAUUGAUGAACAUGAUGAGAUGGAAGUUUCAGAUAAUCAGGAUGUUGUUGAAGGUGGAGAAAAUACAAGUUCGAAUUCAAUCAUUACACAAGACAUUUCAAUCGCAACAAAUACUACAGGUCAAAUAGCGGAAGUUCGAGCGCAAAAUGGUGACAAUGUCGAAUCGGAACCUGAUGUUAAUCAAAAUGAAUUACCGAUAGAACAACAAGUAUUAAAUGGAUCACAAAAAAUGAAUCAAAGUGCAGGUGAUGAUCAAAGUCCUGAUAAACAAACUGGAGAUGGAGAUGGGAUGAUUGACAUUAACUCGUCAAAAGAAAUAACAAAAUCAACAAAUACAUCAGGUCCAGGGGAAAUAAGUCUUGAUAAACAACCUGAUAAUGUAAUGAUUAAUAACAAUACUUCACCCAAAGAAGCUUCAAUACAACCAAGUUUGGAGGGCAUAAAACCAACGGCAAAACUAAAUAUAGAUGGCAUUAAAGAAUCAUCCGAUACUAUAAAAAUGACUUUGACUCCUCAGUUAGGCAGUGACUUUAUUGAUUUCUCUGAUGACGACGAAGCAGUUCGUAGACCUAAGCAAGGAGGCUUUUUCGGAAGGAAUGAAAGUAGUGAUAGUAUUAAAGUGCCCACAACUCUUGAAGAAUAUAAUAAGAGUAUAUUAGCAGAGGUUGCGGAAGAGAAGAAAAAGGGCAAAAAAGAUGAAAAAAAGAAAGAAAAGGGGUUCAUGAAUUUCUUUAAAAGAAAAAAGAAGAAUGAACCUGCCAAGCAAAUGUCGUCGUCUUCUCAAAAUUCCCCUGUCACAUCCUCGACUGCCGUUAGAUCCAAUUAUGUAAAUCAACCAAUUAGACCACCUCAGCAGCAGACAGAUCAGUCACAAAUUCAACCGAAAGUGGGUUUCACUGCAAAUCAGCAACAACGUCCUCAAAUUCAAGGACAGGGUAUGCGGAUGAAAAUUCGUCCUCAACCGCCUCCACAAACACAAAAUAUUCAACAACAAUUGUAUGGAUUACCUAAUCAAAUGCAGCAAGGACAACAGCAACAAUUUCAACAAUCUGGAUAUCACCAAGGUCCAGAAGGACCUCAACGUGAUCCACAAAAAAGCAAAAUGCAACAAGGUACCGGUCUUAUUCGACCUACGCAAGACCGAUCACAAGGUCAAAACAGGAUAGUCCCAUCACCUAUACAAGUGAAAGAAUAUACUCAAUCUGAUAGCUCGGUAUCGACGACACCUGCCACGCCCGCCACACCUUCGAAUUCCAUGUAUAAUGUACUUCGUAUUUUUGUAGGCCAAAAUAUUCAAUCGAAAGUUGAAUUUAAGAUUGUAUUGUUAAAUCAAACUACAACGGCCUCUGAUCUUAUCAAACAAGCAUUAUCCCGAUUCAAAUUAGAUAGUGAGGAUAACUGGGACGAUUAUUUUAUUACAAUUAAAGAAGUUGACGGAGAUAUUAUUCAUUUAAUGCCUCACGAUCAUCCCCUCGGGAUAUUCCAAUCGUUAAAUUCUUCACACUUAGUUCCAUUACCAACUAUAAGAAGAAGUUCAAUCUCGUCAGUUUCUUCAAAUAUUUCCACCCAUACAGCAAUAAAAGGCCUAGGAUUACAUGAUGACAAAAAUAAUGUCACCUUCUAUUUGAAUAAAAAAGCAAAGAGAAAUAGUCGAUCUCUGAGUGAAAAGAAAUUACGUGUACGUGUUUUAAUAUACGCAGACGAUUUACCCGCUCAUUUACGUGCAAAAGGAACUGUUCCAAGAGAUUCUCUGUCUGUGCCAAAACAUAUCGCUGACAAAGCUGCACGAAGACGUUCGAGAGAAGAAGGAAAACCUAAAGAGAAAACUGUAACUGUGACAGGAACUGCUAUCAUUAGUGAUGUAUUAGAAAAAGCCAUGGAAAAGUUUGGAAUUCUUGAUGGUAUGGUUGAUGAUGGUGAACAAAUAUCAGAAAAUGAUAAUGGAAAGCCUCGUUACAGUCUUAUGGUUAUUGUUGAUGGUGAAGAAAAAUUAUUAAAACCUAACAUAAACAUAGUUUCAGUAUAUCCUUCAUUACCAAAUUUUCGUCAUUUAUCGAUUGAUUCUUUGGACUCCAAUUCAUCAUUAGCAUUGGAUUAUCGUCCCGAUGAACCUAUAUUUGUUUUACGACUUUUGCGACCUGAAGAUCGUCAGCAACGUUCAAUGCCUUCGGUUUCUGAAAUAAACCGAAUUACUCAAGUUCAAGUAAAAGAUCCACCACCAUCAAUACAAAGUUCGAAUUUUAAUAGUGAAUAUUUAGGUGUUGAAAAUAGUGAAGUCUUAUCUAAGAAACAAUUAAUAGAACAACAACGUGAAUAUAGUCGAGCCAAACAAAAAUCAAUUAUUUCUGCAAACAAAAAUGAGACUGGUGUGGACAUUCUUACAAACAUUGGUUCUAUUAGAAGUUCUAGAAUAUUCGGAUCCAAGGUACGAUAUUCUUUUAUUCCAGCUGAUGGUGAGGUUAUCGAUAUUAGUGAUAUCAUUGAAGAUAUUUGGGGUGAUGAUGAAAGUUUGAAUGUGCCAGUUGAAUUGGAAUUGUCCAAGGAAAAUUUAGACCCAUCAUCUAAUGAGCUGGAAGGUGUUGCACCUUUGUCUAUUAAUAAAAAGGAACAAUACAGGAGAAGCACUACUCAAGAUGUGGAUAUUUUAGAAAAGAUGGUUGAAAAAGUUCAUAACAAUGACGUGAGGGCAUCACAGGCAAUGGAAGAUAGAAUAGAACUUGUAUUAAAUAAGGUUAGAACUGGUCAAUAUGGUAGUGAUGCAAUUAAGAAUGAUAAACGGAUUACGAAGAAACAUUUAUCGGGUAAAACCGUUGCGGAUAAUAAAUCGAUAAUUCAAUCGAAUGGUUCUGUAGAUUCUGAUCCAGAUUAUGCUGAUGCAACGUCAGAUAAACAUGGACGCAAACCAAGUUCUGCUUCCGUUUUAUCGGCCACUUCCGAAUCUUCUUCAUCAACGCUCAUUAAACCUUCUCUCUCAGUAUCCUCAGAAAGUGAUUGGAUACUAACAGAUGAUUUUGGUUUACAAGAACUAUUGAUUUUAGUAAGAUCAGGUGUUAAUAUGUUAGAGUUAAAAGAAAGGCGUAGAAGUGGAUGGCAUUUAAGUGAUGAUCCAGAGAAGAUUUUAGAACAAAUUAAACCUACAGAAAUUAGAGAUGAAAUCAAAGCUGUAUUUGCAAGCGUUAAUGAUGAACUUGAUAAAUUAGAAAAGGAACUGGAUCAAAUAAUGGAUGAUGCGAUUCGAGUUUUUUAA